CGAGAGAUACACUAACCACCUUACGUAGCCAUAUUAAUAUUGUGGAGCUUUCAUAUGCGUAUACAGCUUUAUAUAUACUACGUAUAAACAAACUGAUGGGUUGCGAAUGAUACAAAAACUAUUUCCUCGUAGAUUCUGUGUUCGACAAAAUCAUAGAAGGGCUUGUUAUAUCUUGGGGGGAGAUUUUUGGUCAUAGGAAAUACUUUCUUUAGGACAAUGUCUAAUGCGUCUCGAGCCAUUUUAUUUUUCUAACGUUAUUUUGCAGGUUCUGAUGAUGAAUAUAUCCAACAAUUUAAAGAAAAUAUCAUUAUGGUGCGAACACACCUGCUCAAGUCAUCCCGAUUGCGGAAUCCUAAUUGAGAAGUUGCCGGAGUCCUGGAGGGAUUACAGACGGGACCUCAAACAUGACUUAGGGCUUAUGUCAUUCAAUGAUGUGAUUACCCACAUCAUCAUUGAAGACACAAACAGGAAAGAAAAUGCCAAGUGUCAAGCAAAGGAAUAUACUUCAAAUGCAAACUUGGUGGAGACGGAAAACAAAAGGAGGUAUGGAAAUAAUCACUUUAAUAAUAAGCCCAAUUACAAUAAAUAUAGAACAACCACACAUUUUAAAAGAAAGCCUGAUUGUUAUGUUUGUGGGAAACUGGGACAACGUGCUAGUGAGUGUAGGAAACGGGCAUCUGUGAAAAACUAAAAUCAACCCAAACCAAGUGCAAACUUAGCUGAAGGUGAUGAUAUUAUAAAUGUGGUUGUUUCAUAAAUCUGCCUAGUUGCGGAUGUGAACGAGUGAGUGGAAGACUCGGGAGCUACUAGGCAUAUUUGGCAAGACAAAAUUGUGUUUUCCUCCUAUACACCUUGGUGAUUCUAGAACAACCAAGGUGCACGGGAAUGUCAAAGUUAAUAUCAAACUCACAUCCGGCAAGACAUUAUCACUCACUGACGUACUUCGUGUGCUCGAGAUACGGACCAAUAUAAUCUCCGUCUCACUCUUGGGAAGAGCUGGUGUCAAGGCAUCUUUUGAAUCCGACAAGGUUCCAAUGAUGAAUAUAUCGAACAGGUGCAAGGGAGAUACUUGUUGUCCUCCAUGCCGACGAAAAGGCAGAGUCCUUUGGCCAUAGUCGUUGCACGAAGGCAAGGCUGCGUAGUCGGAGUUGCUGUUGGCCAAGGUGAGAACAGUCGGCUUCACUGGAGGAGAGAAAAUUGUAUACCACUGCCACAUUUGGAAAGACCGUCCUCCAUUGUUGCCUGAGAUAGGUCGUGUUCUCCUGAUUCUUCAGGUGGUGAAGAGACCUUUGGUCGGCAAUCUCCUGCUGCAACCUUGACCUAGCGACGUUGUAACAGGUCGUUGAGCGGCAACAGAGCGCAAUGCGUGGUGGAAAGCCAUGGAUGAAGCAGGUGGUGCCAUGGUGGAGGUGACAACGUCCGUACCUUGAGUCACACUUCGAUGCGUGUCCCGACUUUGGACUUGCACGUUGAGUAGACCGCCAUGUGACAGAGCACCAAAGUGUGUGGAUCGGCGGCGGAAUCUCCUGCCGCAAAUUCGCUGCAGAGAACGACUCUAUUGUAGCGUUGUCACUAGUGGUUAGCCUGGAUUCCGGUUGCUUACUCCGAUCCGUAGAGUUUCAGACCAACUUCUCCAUUUUUCAGAUAUGGAAUUAUCCAACUUUUCUGUCAUUAUUUUUUUUCUUUUGCAGAAUAAUCGUUGGCUUGAUUUUUGUGAUUUUUUGUGAUUGGGAUGAAUUUUUGGAUAUUUUAGGGAGG